AUUACCUUGAUAGGGUAAAUUAUAAAAUUAUAAAUUUUAUUCAUUAUAUUUAAUAGAAUUAAACUAUUUCUAAAAGUAUCAAAAACUUUUAUGCAUCAUACAUUAAAAUAUAAAAAGAUAAGCUAAUGUUAAGCUUUUGGGUUCAUACCCCAAUUAUAAAGGUUAUAAUCCUUUUCUUUUUAAUUAAAAAAAAUUUUAAUAUUUUUUUCAUUAUAUUAAUUUGUAGUUCUUUAAUUACUAUUUCUUCUAAUUCUUGAUUAAGAGCUUGAAUAGGGUUAGAAAUUAAUUUACUUUCAUUUAUCCCCCUAAUAAAUGAAGGUAAAAAAAAUUUAACUACCUCAGAAAGAAGUUUAAAAUACUUUUUAAUUCAAGCUUUUGCUUCUUCUAUUCUUUUAUUUUCCAUUAUUCUUAGAAUACUAAUUUUUAAUAAUAAUUGAAUAAUAUUAAAUAAUUUUAAUGAAUUAUUAAUAUUAUCCACUUUAUUUUUAAGUGGAGCUGCUCCUUUUCAUUUUUGAUUCCCAAAUGUAAUAGAAGGCUUAAAUUGAAUUAACGCUUUAAUUUUAAUAACUUGACAAAAAAUUGCCCCUUUAAUUUUAAUUUCUUAUAAUUGAAAUUAUAAUUUUUUUAUAUUUUCAAUUAUAUUUUCUAUUAUUAUUGGAGCAUUAGGAGGUUUAAAUCAAAUUUCUUUACGAAAAUUAAUAGCAUUUUCUUCAAUUAAUCAUUUAGGAUGAAUAUUAAUUGCAAUAAUAAAUAAUGAAUUAUUAUGAUUUUUUUAUUUUUUAUUAUAUUCUUUUCUUUCAAUUUCAAUUAUUUUAUUAUUUAAUAAUUUUAAAAUUUUUUAUUUUAAUCAAAUUUUUAAUUUUUCAUUAAUAAAUCCAAUUAUUAAAUUUUUUAUUUUUUUAAAUUUAUUAUCUUUAGGUGGAUUACCCCCUUUCUUAGGAUUUUUACCAAAAUGACUAGUAAUCCAAAAUUUAGUAACAAUAAAUCAUUAUUUUUUAUUAUUUUUAAUAGUUUGUUUUUCAUUAAUUACUUUAUUUUAUUAUUUACGAAUAUCCUAUAGAAUUUUUAUAUUAAAUUAUAAUAAAAAUUCAUGAAUAUUAAUAAAUAGUUAUUUUAAUAAAAAUAUAAAUAUUAUUUUAAUUUCUAAUUUUUUUUCUAUUUUUGGAUUAAUUUUAAUUUCAUUAAUUUAUUUAAUCAUAUAAGAAUUUAAGUUAAUAAAACUAAUAGUCUUCAAAACUGAAAAUAUUUGUAUUAAUCUUUUAAUUCUUAUUAUGCAACAAUGACUUUUUUCUACAAAUCAUAAAGAUAUUGGAACUUUAUAUUUUAUUUUUGGAGCUUGAUCAGGAAUAGUAGGUACAUCAUUAAGAAUUUUAAUUCGAACUGAACUUAGUCAUCCCGGAGCAUUUAUUGGAAAUGAUCAAAUUUAUAAUGUUAUUGUUACAGCCCAUGCAUUUAUUAUAAUUUUUUUUAUAGUAAUACCUAUUAUAAUUGGAGGAUUUGGAAACUGAUUAGUACCUCUAAUACUAGGAGCACCUGAUAUAGCUUUCCCUCGAAUAAAUAAUAUAAGUUUUUGACUUCUUCCUCCUUCUUUAUCUUUAUUAUUAGCCGGAAGAAUGGUAGAAAGUGGUGCCGGGACUGGAUGAACUGUUUAUCCUCCUUUAUCUUCUAAUUUAGCUCAUACUGGAGCUUCUGUUGAUCUAUCAAUUUUUUCUUUACAUCUAGCAGGUAUUUCUUCAAUUUUAGGAGCAGUAAAUUUUAUUACUACUGUUAUUAAUAUACGAUCUACAGGAAUUACUUUAGAUCGAAUACCUUUAUUUGUAUGAUCCGUAGUAAUUACAGCUAUUUUACUACUUCUUUCUUUACCUGUUCUAGCAGGAGCAAUUACUAUAUUAUUAACUGAUCGAAAUCUUAAUACUUCUUUUUUUGACCCUAUUGGAGGAGGAGAUCCUAUUUUAUACCAACAUUUAUUUUGAUUUUUUGGACAUCCAGAAGUUUAUAUUUUAAUUCUCCCUGGAUUUGGAAUAAUUUCUCAUAUUAUUACUCAAGAAAGAGGAAAAAAGGAAACUUUUGGUACAUUAGGAAUAAUUUAUGCAAUAUUAGCUAUUGGAUUAUUAGGAUUUAUUGUUUGAGCACACCAUAUAUUUACUGUAGGAAUAGAUGUUGAUACUCGAGCUUAUUUUACAUCUGCUACUAUAAUUAUUGCAGUACCUACAGGAAUUAAAAUUUUUAGUUGGCUAGCUACUUUACAUGGAACACAAUUAAAUUAUAGACCUGCUUUACUUUGAGCUUUAGGAUUCGUAUUUUUAUUUACCGUAGGAGGAUUAACAGGAGUAAUUUUAGCUAAUUCUUCAAUUGAUAUUAUUUUACAUGACACUUAUUAUGUAGUAGCUCAUUUUCAUUAUGUUUUAUCCAUAGGAGCAGUAUUUGCUAUUAUAAGAGGUUUUAUUCAUUGAUAUCCCUUAUUAACUGGAUUAACCAUAAAUCCUUCAUGAUUAAAAAUUCAAUUUUCUAUAAUAUUUAUUGGAGUAAAUUUAACUUUUUUCCCCAACAUUUUUUAGGCCUUGCAGGAAUACCUCGACGAUAUUCUGAUUUUCCAGAUAGUUAUCUUUCAUGAAAUAUUAUUUCUUCAUUAGGAAGAACUAUUUCUUUAUUUGCAAUUUUAUUUUUCCUUUUUAUUAUCUGAGAAAGAAUAAUUUCCCAACGAACUCCAUCUUUCCCUAUACAAUUAUCUUCAUCUAUUGAAUGAUAUCACACAAUACCCCCAAUAGAACAUUCUUAUUCAGAACUUCCUUUACUUUCUUCUAAUU